GCUAGGCAACACUCACCACGGCAGCCUGCAGAUUACUUCCCUCUGUGGGUGUGCGACUUCGUUUAAGCGAGUCACACUUACAGUAGCUCGUCACUGGCGAGGCCGGGAGCAGCAGAGGGCGGGGGGAGCGCAGGGCGGAGGGAGGAGGUGGGAGGCGCGGAGUCGGGAGGCUCGGUGAGACGCAGGAGCUCCAGACACAGCGGGAGCGAACAAGCGAGCGAGCCAGCCGCGCGGGUGCAGUCGCCGGCUCGCCCUGGCCGCCGCGCACUCCGCCUCCGCGCAGAGCAGCGGGAACCGCAGUCGCUCGAGCCUCCGGGCUCUGCUCUGCUCCCGGGCCAGCGCUCCAGCCCGCUCCGCCCGCUGCACCGCCCCCGGCAGCGCUCAGCCCGCAGCGAUUUGACUUCCCUCUGCCGGCCUCUUCAGUUCUCUAGAUCGCUCGCUGCCUGGGCUCCACUCUCCUCGGUGUUUGCCACACACCGUUUGCUCUACUCUUCUCCCCUUGAUCGGUAGACACUCUGCUUGCUUUUUUUCCCUCCUCCCUCGUCUUUUUUUUUUUUAAUGGAAAACAUCAUGAUUUAAGAUGACUUGUCUUCUUUAAUCUCCUCCGUAUCAGCACUGAAGACUGAAAGGGAACCUUCGCCAACACUCCAACCCUGGAGGCACUUUAAAAAAUAAUAAGAAGAAGAAUUCUAAAAAAAAGAAAGGCGGGGAUCAGAAAAAGGAAAGUCUUAAAAGGCAAAGGAGUGGGACUCGGGACCCUCUGCAGACCCUUGACUGAGCCUACCCCGGACUGUACUAGCCAUCAGAACUUCUAAUUCAUCUUAUCCAACGGGAAGGGAGGGCGACACGAGCCAGAAGCAAACUUCAGCGGUCUCUGCGGAUCUGUGAUUCCCGCAUAUAGAGGGGUCGAGAGGCAGAAGGCACAGGACCUCACCAGGAGGAGGAGUUCCGCGUCUCUCUCGCCCCUUCCACCAAGCCUGAACCUUAGACUGAGCCUCGCGGGACAUAAGAGGCAGAAGAGGGUAGUAGAAAAUGCGGGGCUCCGGGCCCCGCGGUGCGGGACGCCGACGGACCCAGGGCAGAGGUGGCGGCGGCGACACCCCCCGCGUCCCUGCCUCUCUGGCAGGCUGUUAUUCCGCACCUCUAAAGGGUCCCCUCUGGACGUGCCUUCUCUUGUGUGCGGCGCUCCGGACCCUUUUGGCCAGCCCCAGCAACGAAGUGAAUUUAUUGGAUUCACGCACGGUCAUGGGGGACCUUGGAUGGAUUGCUUUUCCAAAGAAUGGGUGGGAAGAGAUUGGUGAAGUUGAUGAGAACUAUGCCCCCAUCCACACAUACCAAGUGUGCAAAGUUAUGGAACAGAAUCAGAAUAAUUGGCUGUUGACCAGUUGGAUGUCUAACGAAGGUGCUUCCAGAAUCUUUAUUGAACUCAAGUUUACUCUAAGGGAUUGCAACAGCCUUCCCGGAGGACUGGGGACUUGUAAGGAGACAUUUAACAUGUAUUAUUUCGAAUCGGAUGAUGAGCAUGGGAGAAAUAUCAAAGAGAACCAGUACAUCAAGAUUGAUACCAUUGCUGCAGAUGAGAGCUUCACAGAACUUGAUCUUGGCGACCGCGUCAUGAAACUGAAUACGGAGGUCAGAGAUGUCGGACCUCUGAGCAAAAAGGGAUUUUACCUUGCUUUCCAAGAUGUGGGUGCUUGCAUUGCUCUGGUUUCUGUCCGCGUCUACUAUAAAAAGUGUCCGUCUGUAGUAAGACACUUGGCUGUCUUCCCUGACACGAUCACUGGAGCAGAUUCUUCACAGUUGCUAGAGGUGUCGGGCUCCUGUGUCAACCAUUCUGUGACAGAUGAUCCUCCCAAGAUGCAUUGCAGUGCUGAAGGGGAGUGGCUGGUUCCCAUCGGGAAAUGCAUGUGCGAGGCUGGAUAUGAAGAGAAAAAUGGCACCUGUCAAGUGUGCAGACCUGGGUCCUUCAAAGCCUCUCCUCACAGCCAGACCUGCAGCAAAUGUCCACCUCACAGUUACACCCAUGAGGAAGCUUCCACCUCUUGUGUCUGUGAAAAGGAUUAUUUCAGGAGGGAAUCUGAUCCGCCCACAAUGGCAUGCACAAGACCCCCCUCAGCUCCUCGGAAUGCCAUCUCAAAUGUUAAUGAAACUAGUGUCUUUCUGGAGUGGAUUCCUCCUGCUGACACUGGUGGACGGAAAGAUGUGUCAUAUUAUAUUGCAUGCAAGAAGUGCAACUCCCAUGCAGGUGUGUGUGAGGAGUGUGGCGGUCAUGUCAGGUACCUCCCCCAGCAAAUCGGCCUGAAAAAUACCUCUGUCAUGAUGGUGGACCUACUUGCUCACACAAACUAUACCUUUGAAAUUGAGGCAGUGAAUGGAGUUUCCGACUUGAGUCCAGGCACCCGGCAAUAUGUGUCUGUAAAUGUAACCACGAAUCAAGCAGCUCCUUCUCCAGUCACCAAUGUGAAAAAGGGGAAAAUUGCAAAGAACAGCAUUUCUCUGUCUUGGCAAGAGCCAGAUCGCCCCAAUGGAAUCAUCCUGGAGUAUGAAAUCAAGUACUUUGAAAAGGACCAAGAGACCAGCUACACAAUUAUCAAAUCUAAAGAGACCACUAUUACCGCCGAGGGCCUGAAACCUGCAUCUGUGUAUGUCUUCCAAAUUCGAGCACGUACAGCAGCAGGCUACGGCGUCUUCAGUCCAAGAUUUGAGUUUGAAACCACACCAGUGUCAGUUGCAGCAUCUAAUGAUCAAAGCCAGAUUCCCAUCAUUGCAGUGUCAGUGACAGUGGGAGUCAUCUUGUUGGCAGUGAUGAUCGGCUUCCUCCUCAGUGGCAGUUGCUGCGAUUGUGGCUGUGGGAGGGCUUCUUCCCUGUGCGCUGUUGCCCAUCCAAGCCUAAUAUGGCGGUGUGGCUACAGCAAAGCAAAGCAGGAUCCAGAAGAGGAAAAGAUGCACUUUCAUAAUGGGCACAUUAAACUGCCAGGAGUAAGAACCUACAUUGAUCCACAUACUUAUGAAGAUCCCAAUCAAGCUGUUCAUGAAUUUGCCAAGGAGAUUGAAGCUUCGUGCAUCACUAUUGAGAGAGUUAUCGGAGCAGGUGAAUUUGGUGAAGUUUGUAGUGGACGUUUGAAACUACCAGGAAAAAGAGAAUUACCUGUGGCUAUCAAAACUCUUAAAGUAGGCUAUACUGAAAAGCAGCGCAGAGAUUUCCUGGGUGAAGCAAGUAUCAUGGGGCAGUUUGAUCAUCCAAACAUUAUCCAUCUAGAAGGAGUUGUGACUAAAAGUAAACCUGUGAUGAUAGUAACAGAGUACAUGGAGAAUGGCUCCUUAGACACAUUUUUAAAGAAAAACGAUGGGCAGUUCACUGUGAUUCAGCUUGUUGGCAUGCUGAGAGGCAUCGCUGCAGGAAUGAAGUACCUUUCUGACAUGGGCUACGUGCAUAGAGACCUUGCUGCUAGAAACAUCUUAAUCAACAGUAACCUUGUGUGCAAAGUGUCUGACUUUGGACUUUCCAGGGUACUGGAAGAUGAUCCUGAGGCAGCCUACACCACAAGGGGAGGCAAAAUUCCAAUCAGAUGGACUGCCCCAGAGGCAAUAGCUUUUCGAAAGUUCACCUCUGCCAGUGAUGUCUGGAGCUAUGGAAUUGUAAUGUGGGAAGUUGUAUCUUAUGGAGAGAGACCCUACUGGGAGAUGACCAAUCAGGAUGUGAUCAAGGCAGUAGAAGAAGGCUACCGCCUGCCAAGCCCCAUGGAUUGUCCUGCUGCUCUCUAUCAAUUAAUGCUGGACUGCUGGCAAAAAGAUCGAAACAGCAGACCCAAGUUUGAUGAAAUAGUCAACAUGCUGGACAAGCUGAUACGAAACCCAAGUAGUUUGAAGACACUGGUGAAUGCGUCGAGCAGAGUAUCUACGUUGUUGGCAGAACAUGGUUCUUUGGGGUCUGGGGCCUACAGAUCAGUAGGGGAAUGGCUAGAAGCAAUCAAAAUGGGCCGGUACACAGAGAUUUUCAUGGAAAAUGGAUACAGUUCAAUGGACGCUGUGGCUCAGGUGACCUUGGAGGAUUUGAGGCGCCUGGGAGUGACUCUGGUCGGUCACCAGAAGAAGAUCAUGAGCAGCCUUCAAGAGAUGAAGGUGCAGCUGGUAAACGGGAUGGUGCCAGUGUGACCCACUCAUGGGUCACUUCUCCAAGUGAACAACUCAGCACUUUUUAAACAACCCUGAGAUUUAUUUUAACAGAGAAAGAGAAAAGGGUGGUUUCCAAACCUUUGGAGGCAUUUGCCUUAACCUUUGGGUUUAUAAUCAAUAUUUUACUAAAAUCUCCAGAUCUUCCUCUUAACGUCUUCAUUUUCACCAUGCAAAUGUAACCGCAAAGAGAGCUAACAUGAGGAUCAAUGUCCAAUAAUAAAAUAGUAACUAAAUCUUCCCCACUUUUUCCAUGGAAUCUAGUACAAGAAAUAUAUCAAGAUACAGCACCUUUAAAGACUGUUAAGGCAGCCCCUUUCAAAACUUCCAGGGAUCAACUUGAAAGGAAAAGUUCUAAAGCCAUGUAUGGGCUAAGAAAAGCUGCAUUUUACUGACGUUUACUUCAAGUCUUAAUUGUCUACAUGAGUGUAUUGAAGAGCAAUAUGAUUAGAGUAUUUCUUAAAUACAGUUUGUAAUUUAAAAUGAAAUUACAUGUAGUUAAGUUAUAGAAAAUAGUUUAUAAACAUGUUGCUUGGUCAAGAAAAAGUCCAAUACAGGGUGUAUAUUUAUUUUUCUGUGUUAUAUAAUUUACUCUUCAUUGCUCUUCUAGAGAGUAUUAGGUAAUGAAUGUGUAUACAUGUAUAGUUUGCAAUAUAUGCAGGAACUGACUUACAUUGGAAUUGUGUGUGUGUGUGUGUGUGUGUGUGUAUUUGAAUAUGUCGAGUGUAUUGUUCUGCUUGCCUUCUGGAUAGUGUUUUAAUUUUGGCAAUAUAUAGCAAAGGGUGUUCUAGACUCUAUCAUGGGUGAAAGGAAUUAGGAAGCCAUAGACCAAAUUCCCAUUCAAGUUGGUUUCUUUUGCUUUCAUUUUGAAAGCAAUUAAUUAGUUUAUUCAAACAGCUAAUGCCUGCAGAUUAAAUUCUCUUUGGGUUUCACAAACACUCCUUACCUGUCUGUGGCAGAGAAGUUCUCACCAUUAAUCUCUCAUGCUUCUUCCACCUUUCUAAGUUCCCAAAAAUACCUUCUAAAGUAAUAUUAACACAAAGAACACAUUUGUGUAGAAUGUAAAGAGAUGCAACUCUCCUGGCUUCUGUUAACAUCCAAUUUAGGCAGAGGGUACUCAAAAUCUCCCUACUUGGUUAACCAGUUCCAUUGUGACUCAUUCACAGAGAGUUUGAUACUAAGACAGCAGUAAAAAGUGAAGAAAAAUAUGUUUUUCUCAGAAUUUUGUUUCAACAUUUUUUUAUUAAUAACUGUUUGUGCACUUUGUAGUUACAUUUUGUCCUCCAUUCAUAACAGUGAAUAUGCUUGGAAAAGCCAAUGUGAAAUAUUUUAAGAGUUAGAGCCUUUAGGUAGUUUACGAUAGUCCCCCAGUAUAUUUUAUAUACUACAGGAGAAAUGGGCUGAUGUUUACGGAAAAAUCCACGCAGUUUAUUGAAAUGUUCACAUAAGUGAGCAUAAUAGUAAGAGUAACAAUAUUUUCUAUUAUUAUGCUUUAUAAAAUCUGGAGGAUGGUAUGUGAUAUUUGAGGAGUAAAGAAUUUAGUUUGGGACUUUAACUACUACAUUGGAAAAAGCUUAUAAGUGGAGCAGUUCUGCAGGAGAGAUGCAAGUAUUUUAUGAGCACUAUUCCUUUUUCUCUUAUAAACAUGUUUCACUGCAAUAUUAACCCAUGUAAGAUAAACAAUUGGGGUAAUUACUAUUUAUUCCCCCCUUUAUUUAAGGUACGAAAUAGCUCCUUGCUAAAUAAGGAAAGAUCAAACUUACAAAAGGGUGUGAAGCAUCUAACCAUUUUUUAUAUUAUACAUUGAUUCCCCAUUCUGAAUAACACUGUAAAUCCACACUGUGUUCAAGAAUUCUCUGUUGGUUUAGUGACACUUUCAGAACAUACUGAGAGUAUUUUAAUACUAUCUUGGUAAAAAUCACAGGGAAGUAUCAUUAUGAAAAUGCAUUUACAUAUUUAAAUAAACAUAAAAUCAUUAAAACUAAUUACUAUUGUACAGAUAAUUGUAUUUGAAUUUAAGUUAUAGAGUAGUGUUGAGAACUUCAAGACAAAAAUUCAUUUACAGAUACACAUUUUAGAGCUUGUUCAAGAGACAACUAUGUGAACACAUCAAAAAUUACUUUCUAACUUGUUUUCUAAAUUUGUAUGGUCUGAGAUUAGUGGUAGACAUACAUAAGGGGCUAGGUGUUAGAGUGAUGACUUUGUUUUCACACAAUAGAAUAUAAACUAAUUUGAUUCAAAUUUAUUUUCCUGUGCAACUCAAGUGUUACAUGUGGAGAGUAAUUCAGAAGGAAAGCUUAAUAACAACACAGCUUUGAUCCAUACCACAAUUGGGUUGAGGGUUUCUAAAGACCAUCACUCUGCUUUUAAAAGAAAUAGACUUUUAAAUUAUGAGUGCUCUGUCUCCUAAAGAGGAGAGAAUGUCAUUCUAAAAUAUUUGUUCACCACUGGAUGUAUCACCAAUUGGAAAGUGCCAAACUCAUCGAUCAAUGUGAGAAGUGCAGCAGGGAGAGGAGCCAGUUCUCCUGAAAAGUAGCGAGUCCGCCACUUAGCACAUAGCUCUGUAAACCCUCAUGGUGUGAAUCUUCUUUCUGUGACUUCAUUUCCUUUCCCAUGGACUCCCAAAAAUAAAGCAUAAAGUUCCAUAAUCUCCACACAUACAACUGAUUUGUAAAAUGAUAUUUAACUGUAUUGUAGGAAGGAACAACAGGGAAUUGUCCUAUUUGAAGUCAUUCAGCUACUAUGGUUAUCAAUCAUAAUUUAUAUCUAAUCUUGCCAUUCACUAGCAUGUGCUGUGACUUUUUUUCCUCUCUUUGAAAUGUAUUAAUUGUAUGUGAAAUGUAAAGAUGCUGAUUUUCACCUUUUAAAAAAUUAUAAUGUGCAUGUGUUUUUAAUUCCUGUGUUUUAUUAAACAAGCCAGUGUUUGAAAGUAAUAGGUUCAUUGUACGAUCUGCAUAGAAAUAUUUUAUCAAAACUUAAGUGUGUUUAGAACUUUGGAAUUGUCACAAAUAAUACGACACCUUAGCUCUGUUUAUAAAACAAUUCUAACCACUAUGUAAUAAAAAAAGAGAUGCCACUUCACAUCUCCUGUGAAGUGACGCUGUUACUAUCAGUUGAACACUUACACAUUUUGCAUGUCUGCUAUUUAAAUUCUGUGUGGAAGUGAAAGGCAGUUAAGAUAUUUGUACACUCACUGAAGUGGGUUUUCGGAAGCACAAUGAAAAAUAUUCACCUUCGGAAGGUGUUUUGGCUGUAAUAGUACCUUAGAUGGAAAGAGAGUCUGAUGUUAGAGACUUAGCAGGUAUAGGAUGUUGCAUAGUAGUAAAUAUCUCUUUCUUACUUUGUUCUUUCUAAACACUAGGAGGGAAAGUAAAUGUGAUGAUUAAUUGUCUUUGUUUAAACAUUGCCAGAUGUUUGACCUCAAUGUAAAUAAGAUGUAGGGAUAAUAUGAUUGCAAUGAUGAUCCUAACGAAUGAAUGAACAGAUUCAGAAUGGUAGCUUUAUUUGAAAUUUGAUAGCUGAACAAGUCAUCACUUUUUUCCCCCCGUGCAGUAGCACAGCUGGUUACAUUGAAUAUUUUUCCUCCAUUAUACUGUUAAUUAUAUAGUAAUGUAUCAGGAAAGAAAUAGAUAAAAAAACAUUCUGCUCAUUUCUUGUUAAUUUCCAAGUCUUUUCACACAUCAACAAUUGAAUGUUCUUAUUCAGAAUGACCAUGUAAUUGUCACAUAGAAGAAGCUGCUAAUUCUUUUAAAAAAUGUCUGUUUCUAAUAACCAAACUCAAAUUCCUUUUUUUUUCAAUGUUAAUAGGAAUAAAAAGAAGUUGGCAGAAAUAUGUUCCAUCUUUGCAAGCUGGGUGCUAUAUUCACUGAAGUUUGACUGGUCAACUAUUUGUGAAUAUUUACACUACUGUAGUUUUUAAUUACUUGUGUAAAAGAAUAUAUGUAUACAUACACUGAAUUUGUAAUAGUCUGAGAUUAAAGUCAGACUCUGUCCCUUGAAAAUAUGCUGAUGGAGAUCACGUGGUUUCAGGGAGGUCAGAGACAUCUGUGCAGACUGUCUGACUCUUUGGUAGGCACCAGGAUAUCUUGUGUUCAUGCCUCAGAAUGAAUUCAGGAAGGAAUUGUAUUGGUUCCCAUCUGCAUCUAUUUGUGCUUUCAGUUUGUGUACAUGUUUUUGUAGUGUAAGAUAUUAAAUUUUAUAUUUUUUCAGAAAAUAAAAAACAUUUGAAUAUAGAAAAAA